AAAAAUCUACCGCAAAAUAGCCUUAAAUUUCAAUUAUUGUUUUUAGUUAUAAAUUAAAAGUUUUAAUUACUAAUUAAAACACUAUCACAACAAUCAUGAGGAGUGUAACAGUGAGAGCGCCGGUUAACAUAGCGGUCAUCAAGUAUUGGGGGAAACUGGACGAGAAUCUCAUUAUACCGUUAAACGAUUCCAUUAGCGGCACCCUAUCUAUUGACGACAUGUGCGCCCACACGACAGUCGCCUGUAGUGAUCAGUUUACCGACGAUAGGAUGUGGUUGAAUGGCGAGGAGGUGGACAUCUCGGCCAAUAAACGGCUCGUUAAUUGUCUUAAGCAA